UUAUUUUCAGUUAUGUUUGAAUACACAACUUGUGAACAUUAACGACUGUACGCGAUAAUAAAUAUGGAUGCUGGCAGUGUGGUUAGUGAACCGAUUUCGGCGCAUCAUCGCGCCUUUGCGAAACAGAAAUCCGCAUCAAUGACGAUUCUAAAUCAUCGUUCCAACAAAUACAGUACACACAACGAUAAUAAAAAUGUCGACACGAAAAUGUCCGAAGCGGAGGCGAAUCUCAUUAAUAGCGCACAAACACAAAGCGCCACCACAGGACGACGACGCAAGGUCUCUUCGUUGGGCGGUACACUUUCAGCGCGUGCGUGUCGCAGCGAAACGAAAGAAUUACGCUCGGCGCUACAGGAUCGGGAAGCUGUCAUACAAAAUCUACGCAUACAACUCUGUUUGGGCAAGUUGCCACGCCCCACUGGACCACCACUCGAUGAUAGCGAAAAGCCGGCGGCAGAGCAAAAACUACAAAGGUUAAAAGCCGAAGCGGAAAAUAAGAAAAUCAAAAUAAAGAACUUGAAAAGUGCGUUGGAGAAACUCGAUAUUACAGAUAAUAUCGAUAUACGCAUCAGGCAAGCGGAGUUGGAGUAUGCGCUGGGGCGUGAAGAACUGCAGAUGCUGUCGAUUGUGGAGGAGGCGCGAGCUUUGCAAGCACGCUUGGAGAAGUCAAAGCCGGAAUUACAAACCAUUUAUAAUAUUCUCAACUCUGGCGCCACGCUCAGCUUGCACGCCGUACAUGCGACUACAGGGCGCUGGGCAGCGCAUACCAAACCCGAUCAGCCCGGUUUCUACGUGGAAUGGGCGCUCGAAGGUGAUGGCCUGUACAAAGGUGAUCGCAUACUCGAGGUCAACGGCAAGAUGAUCGCCUGUCGCACCAAGGAAGAACUGCAGAAAGUCAUAGGCAAUUCAGGGAAAUGUCAAAUUGUGGUGUUGCGCAAGAAAUGUGCGCCAAUACCACAAAAACAGCUGGAUCAGGAGAAAGAGAACAAUAUGCGUCUACAGCAUCGUAUCUCUUAUCUCGAGGAACAAGUGCGUGAAUUACAAACGGCGAAGGAGCCGCCGCCGCCGCAACAGCAACAGCAACCACAAACUGUACCGCAGACGCCACAAAACCAAAUGACGGCGGCGCAUAUAAAUAACGGUACGAAUAGUCAUGUCACAAGCAUCAGCAUAUCUUCGCCGCCCUCAACGCCGCCAGACAAUAAACCCUUAAUUUUUCAACGUGGCAACUACAUUACCACCUUAGUUGGUGGCAAGCCAAUUGAAUUGAUCGCUGAUAAUAAUGCACAGAAUGCUUUGAGCAAAAGCAACUCUAUGGCGCAUGUCACCAAAACACUGAUCAAGGAGAAUACACAAAUUGAUCUACAUUCCGAGCGCACGUCACGUGCAUGUGCGCCACCAGCCUACACCUGCAUGCCACCCAAAUCCUUGUCCGCCUCCAAGAUCUCGAUCAACAGCGACUCGGCGUACAUGCAACACACGCACUAUCGGCGCAGUGAGAAGGAGCGUCAUGCGCGCGAGCGAGAACGUGAACGUUACGAGCGUUCCGCGAGCAAGGCAAGCGCGCUGCAACAUCGUGCCAAUAUGCAUGCGCGCAGCGUAGAACAUUUGAAUCACUAUAAUGGCAUGGACCGCCGUCGCGAUUGCUCUGCCACUGCGAAUACGCACAACCGCGUGCCCUCGGAUAUGCGUAGCGUCAAAUCACUGGAUUUCGACAGUGACAACGAAUGCAAACAUAUCAGCGACACCAUUUCGGAAGUGCGCGCUGUGCGUCCCACACCGCCGAAGAAACCACUGCGUCUAUCGCUGCAACGCGCACAAAGCUUGCAAACUGUCGAGUUGACACCCAACUGCGAUGCGGAACGAAAGCGUCCCAUGAAGCGUGCGCACAUCAAUGAUAAGUCACCAGGCGAACGCGAGGCUGGUGCGAUACUCUUUGAGAAUUGUAGUCCCUUGCAGACGGCGUCGUUGGGACGGCCGCGUGCGAACAUAUGAAAAUUGCUGAAUGUUCUCUUUAAGCGCAACGAAGAGACACAUUACUAGUGAGCAGGGGUGGGGUGGGGAGUUAGGUAGGCGUAACUAACUAAUUUUUAAGCUAAGUAGCUAUCGAAAAAUAAUCAUGAAAUUAUUUUAGGCGGAUGCGUGCAAGUUUUAUAUUAAUUUUAUUGAAAGUAAUAUUGUUUACCAAAUAUUUGAAAAUAUUACAAUGUUUACAAUUAAGUACUUAGGGCAGUUAGGGUAUGCUAAAUUUUUGAAGAAAUGCUUUACUUAAAUUUUAUAUUUACGCAUAUAUUUAUGAACUAAUUAGCAAUCAUAUGUUUUUUGAACUCAAUUAAAUUGUACAAAUAAUGUUUUUUAGCACAAUUUUGUAAUAACAAAAUAGUUUUGAAUGUAAAUACACAAUUAAAU